UAGUUCUAGUUUCUGUUUCGGGGUAGAAGUUCGGUGCGUAGUAGAUUUCAACGGCGGAGCAGAUAUGAUAUGGUCGAGAAAGCAAAGGAUUAAAAGAUGGAAAUCAGUAUCAUUAGGAGUCCUGAGCUGGUUGUCGCCAUUGAUUUUGGCAGUACAUAUACUGGCUAUGCUUGGCAAUGGAGGACGGACUUUCUAAAUAACAGAAGUAGCGUGCAGUUCAACUAUAACUGGGGUAGUGGAGCACUGCAGCUUCAUAAAACAUCAACGUGUAUACUGUUGGAGGCGAAGGAAAACAACGGCGAGACGGAGUAUAAAGUUGACUCAUUCUGUCAAAUGGCUGAAGAUGUGUAUAAAAAUAUGUGUAAAGAAUUUGAAGAUGGUAUACCCGAUGAAUGGUAUUUUUUCAAAAGAUUCAAACAUCUUUUGUAUUCAAAGGGUUUUCGUCAAGAAAUGCAAGUUGAGGAUCAAAUUGGUCGACCUUUGCCACUGUUUGACGUUUUAGCCAAACUCAUUGAAGCCCUGAAGAACCACUUCAUUAAAAUUUGGAACAAAAGGGACAACAUGUUGAAAUGGAAAACAUAUUAUGGGUGGUAACGGUUCCUGCAAUUUGGUCUGAUGAGGCAAAAGCAUUUAUGAGACUUGCUGCAGAAAUGAGUGGUAUCCAAAGGAAGAAUUUAUUGCUUGCACUCGAACCGGAAGCAGCGGCCAUAUAUUGCAUUCACCUUCCAGAUGAACAGAGAGUGAACAUGAAUGAGCUUGGAACACCGGGGCAAGUCUUUCUCACAGCAGAUCUUGGAGGGUUAACUGCCGACCUCUCUGCUGUCAAAGUACUUGAGGAUGGUCUUCUAGAAGAAAUAUGUCUAGCUGAAGGGGAACUUACUGGUGGGCAGAAUGUAAACGACGCAUUUUUCCAAGUUUGCUAUGACAGCUUUGAAGGCACUUCAUGGAAAAAAACAUUUGCAAAGGCCAAUCCCAUAGAAAUGAUGGACAUGGAAGACGACUUUGAACAGAAGAAAGUUAAAAUUGGGGUAAGUGAUCCUAGAGCUGAACACAUCGCACUCAAGGUUCCAUAUGUUGUAAGAAAAGAAAUAGAAAAAAAUGCCAUACGACUGAAGGAUACAGCGGAUAUUGGCAGGAAACUGAAACUGAAAAAUGAUGAGAUAAUGUUUAACUCUAAGUCCAUUCGAGACAACCUCUUUAAAGAAAGCUGCUUAAAAAUUUGCAGUAUAAUGAAGCGUGAACUAAUACAAGAUGGGUUGCGAGAAUGCAAAACAAUUGUUUUGGUAGGUGGAUUUGCAGAGUCACCUAUAGCAGUCCAGCAUAUACGGGAUAUGGUUGAGGAAUCUUUCCCUCAAAUCAAAGUUGUUGUUCCAACUUCCCCAUUUCAAGCUGUUUUGAAAGGAGCUGUACUAUUUGGGCAUAAUCCAAUGAUAUUCAGAAGUCGCAUAUCGAGAUUCACGUACGGUAUAGGGACAAAUUCUCUCUUCAAUGAGAAAAUACAUGAUGCGAAGAAAAAAUGGCUUAAUUCAGAAGAUAGCAAGUUUUAUUGCAAGGACAUCUUAUCAGUUCAUGUCGAAAAAGGCCAGUCGGUGAUUUUGAAGGAACAACUUGAGCAACGUAAAUAUCAACCAAUGUAUAAAGAUCAGAAAAACUUUAAUAUUUCUAUUUUUGCGUCGACAAAAGUACCAAAGAAAACAGCUGGAGCUGGAGAGCCUGAAAAUGUAAUGUACACAACCGAUGAUGGGUGUGAAAAGAUAGGUGAGGUUAUGGUACAGUCUCCAGACACAAGUCUUGGUACAGACAGAAACCUUCUUGUUACGAUGGUUUACGGCGGCACAGAACUAUCGGUUAUUGCAAAUGACGAAGCAAGUGGUAGUGAAUUCAAUGCCGAGAUUAAAUUUAGCAAUAUGUAAACUGAUGGGAAGAAAUUCACAUAUAUUCUCUUAGUUACGAAGAAUGAAAUAAUUAUACUCGACUUUUAUGAAUCGAUCUAAGUAUAUCUUAGAUUCUCUGAUACUAAAUCUUUAAAGAUUGCUGUUACUUGUAUUAUUGUUUUACAUGUAACGGGAUUUUACAAGCAGGAUCACGUUUUUGCGUAGAUAUUUCUUAAUGCAAAAACACAAAAUUUUCACUUUACACUUAGCGUUUCAUGUUGCCAUAUUACUUAUCAAUUUCCUAUCGUAAAAUGUAAAAUGCUGUUUUAAAGUUCACGUUAAACGCGUUGUUCUUUUUGUCUUUUUACACAUUCUGUUGUCGAGUUUGGCAAUUGCGAAAAAAACUAUUAAAACAAAUUUCAUAGUAGUUUGUUUACUAUUUAAAAGACAUUAUAUAAUUACUUUAAAGAAACACUAUGACGUUCUUUUAAAUAUCCAUAUAUUCUCAAUAACAAUCUAAAUUGGUAUUAUUAAAGCCUCAUGGUUAUUUUCAUUUGAUAGUUGCCAGUAUAAAAUGCAAAUGUAUAGCGAAGAUAUAAUUAUGAAACAGAAAAGUAAAGUUGAAAACCACAAGAUGCCCAAAACGACAUAAAGGAAAAUGUUGCAGGCUCGGUUUGAUAGAGCUACCGUCCAUGCCCUCUUGCAUCGAGUCGAUCAAUUGAGAAGAAAUAAUGACAUAGCAAUGAAAGGAUAAUGUCAAAGAUUUUAAUGAAGUAUUCAGCAAAGACGGUUUUGAACAAUGCGAAUAUCUUACUCAUGGACAACAAGUUAAAUUUCACCGUUGGGACUUUUAUGUCGAGGUUUGAAUUUUCAAAUAGUAAUUAAAUAAAUUGCCUUCAGGGGCUUGUAUUCACAUAAGGAAGUUGAACUAUUGUUUUGGUUGAAUAAUUUGCAAUCUAUAAUCAUAUGUUAAUUUCUUUUUUCAUUUAUUAUUAGUUUGGUUCACAUGAUAGUAAACAGAUAAUUUAGUAAUCAUGCUUUCACUCAUACACACAACUUGUAUUCUGUCAUUUGAAAUUUAUAAUAUUAAAAAACAUAGAACAUAUCAUGUUCUUGAGAAACUUAUGCUUCCGGAUCUAAUCCAUUUUCAUUUAGUUUUGUAUUCGUUGUAAAAUUUUAAUAUAAUUAUUAUGUUGUACAUUCGUAUAAAUGUUUGAAAUAAAUCUGUUUGAUUAAACUGA